AUGUCCAGAAACCGGAAGUCCUCCUUGCCAGUCUUUCCAUGUACUAAACUCCGGAAGGUGUCGGAAAAUGCUCAGCCAAGCAGUCUCAAGGCAGUUGAAGAUCAACUAAAGAUAUGUGGCCACAAGAGGGAUCUUGAUGUCUUGGAGCUGUUUCUUUCUAAAAAGGAACUGACAGAGGUUGUUGAUCUUUCUAGAUUUAAAAAAUUAAGAUAUUUGUGGCUCCAUCAUAAUAAGCUACAUGGAAUAUCAUUUUUAACUAGAAACUAUUGUCUGACCGAGCUGUAUCUGAACAACAAUGCGAUAUUUGAGAUAGAAGGUCUGCAUAAUUUGCCAUCACUGAAUAUUCUCCUGCUGCACCAUAAUGAGCUGACAAACAUCGAUGCUGCUAUGAAGGAGCUGAAGGGAAUGCAGAAUCUGAGGACCCUAAGUCUGUACCAAAACCCUUUAACCCAAUAUAACCUCUACCGUUUGUAUAUAAUCUACCACCUUCCGGGACUGGAGCUGCUUGAUCGGAAGCAAAUUACAGAUAAAGAGAGGAGAUCCAUGAUUACCAUUUUUAAUCAUAAAAAAACUCAUGUCAUUCAGUCAAUAGCAUUUGGAAAAAGAGUGGAUGCCUCAUGGAAUCCCAAGCUACCUAUAAAGCAAAAACGAGUCAAAAAACUUCCCUCAGAUUUUGCAUUUGGAGAUAAUGUUGACAAGACAGUGUUUGACGACCCUGAAGAUGCUGUGUUUGUAAGAUCCACGAAGAGGUCUCUGAUGGCCUUCACCUCCCUGAAUUGGGACACUGUUCUAACACAAAGUGAAAAGUACGAGAGGAAGAAGGGCUUGACCGCCAAGAUGCUCACGAUUUCCCUGCGAUAACAGCACUUCCGGAAAUCCCGGUGCUCUUCGCUUAACGUGUUAAAGCACUCCCGAGAUUCAGCUCCUUAU